AUGACUCUCAUCCUCCCUCCGGAACUCGUCGCUGAGAUCGUUGGUCACGCACGGACCGACAGGAAGACACUCCUCGCAUGCUCCUGCGCUGCCUCCUCGUUUCUGCGCCCCAGCCGGAACGUGCUGUUCGAGACGGUCACCGUGGCUUCUGCGGCGCGCGGGAGAGGGCUGGUUCAGCUCGCGUCGUCUCCGUGGGAGACCUUCUCUGCAUCGAUCCAGAAGCUGUGCGUCGUUAUGGAUGUGGACUCGGUGGCCGCGGACACGGAGCUGGAGAUCUUCCUGGACAAUGUCGUGGCGGGGCUUCCGGCGCUGCCCUCCCUCUCGCAACUCUCGGUGCAAGAUUUCACCUUUGGAUUUCAUCCGGCAUCAGCCGCUCGCUUAGAGCGUCUGGCACAUAUCACGUGCCUUGAGAUAACGGGCGGCUUGUUCGAUCAUGUGUGGGGGUUGUUGGGGUUUAUCGCUGCGUUUCCUCUGCUGGAGAAGCUUGCUGCCGACUUGGUGUUUGCGGAUGACGAAGUGACAUCGCGUCAACCCAUUACGGAAUUGGCCUGUCCUCGAGGCCUGCAUACGUUGUCGCUAUCCCAGCAUGUCGGCUCGGUCCCUGCGCCUUUCCGGAUCAUUACAGAGUGGUUUCACAGCUCGGAGAUCAGGGAUCUCCGAAUAGCAACUGUUCAGCGAGACUCUGUAGGGUCCGCUGGAGCACUGAUUCGCGCCAUAUCCAGCCAUCUACGCACGCUCGAUAUCGCGCUGUCACCUCACGUGAACACAGCACAAGUCGAACAACACCUGGAUCUAUCCGGCUGCACAGGACUGAAGUCACUCACGGUCCAUGUCGGUCUCCGUCGAAACACAACACCGGGAGCGCCACCGAGCGCAAUCUGGGCACUCCUUCGCGCCCCACGCAGCCCAAUCCAAACUCUGAUCAUCGUGUUGAGAGUGGACAUCGUGUUCCUCCUGGUCAACUUUAGCUGGACGGACCUGCACGACCUGCUGCGAACCAAGCCGUAUGCAGAGCUGGAGCAACUGCGCUUCAUGGUGCACUGUCCCUAUGACCCGCUGAUCUUGCAGGCUGUCAGGGCCCAGAUGGGUCUGGAGCAGGGGCAGGAGCGUGCUGCGGGCUUGCCUGCUCGCCAGAUUGUUGUCGAACACAGCGAGGUGUCUCUGAGGCGUUCAUGAUCACAUUGGACACAUCCAUGCCGUUGACCUGGAAGCAAACGUCAUGUUUUGGCUGUCCUGUCUGCAACGGACGGAUGAUUAUCACCCUUCUAAAUCUCUAUCGAGUCGCAAGUCGCCAGGCAUGAGUGGUUUCACCCGUAGCACUAGGAUUUAGCUAAAUGUUAUGGCUCUUACCAUGGAAAUCCCAUCCUAAUGUAUGGUGCUUACCAUGCCAUGGCAAGAGCCAUGCGUUUGCUUCACAUCUGCAUGUAUCACAUGAUGCACAUCACUGAUUCCA